ACGUCGUCUGUUUUGCUCGUGAGUCUUUGACUGCCCUCCACUCUUGGUCUUCUACUCUUCACUGUUCGUUUAUAUAUUGGAUAUCUUCUACUCUCUGAAAUCCUGUAGAGGAACAUUAUGGCCUCCAUUUCUUAUCUUUGUUCUUCUUUUAUGCUAUUCCUUCUCAUUGUUCAUUCAUGUUUGCAUCAUAACGUAACAGGUGGUCCCCAAUCAAGAAGAGGAGAUUUGGAGAUCAUAAUCGGUGGCGGUGUUGUAGGUCCUGCUCCCCCUCCGGAAUAUGAAGAGUGUCCUCCUCCUCCUCCUCCACCACCACCAUCACCUCCUCCCCCUCCUUCUCCUCCACCACCACCAUCACCUCCUCCCCCUCCUUCUCCUCCACCACCUCCUUCUCCUCCACCACCACCAUCACCUCCUCCCCCUCCUCCUCCUCCUCCACCACCACCUCCUCCUCGUCCUCGUCCUCCUCCUCGUCCACCCCAGAAUAAGCUACUCAUACAAGCUCGCAAAGUAAUUCAAAGAUUCAGGACUAGCAUUUUAUCUGAUCCACAAGGUAUUACAGAUUCGUGGAAAGGUAAAGAUGUUUGCAAAUACAAAGGUUUUGCAUGUGAUACUCGUCCUGACGUAAAACUGAAGGCAGUUGCGGGAGUAGACUUCAAUGGCUAUAAUUUUAGCGGUCCGUCGCUUAACUUCUCUGGAUUUCUUGAGCAGUUGAAUGAUUUGGCAAUCUUCCACGUAAAUUCCAACAAUUUCGCCCUUUCAAUCCCAAAAUUAACAUCCAAGAUCAAGUACUUGUACGAGCUAGAUGUCAGCAACAACAAGUUAUCCGGCGAGUUUCCAAUGGAAGUUCUUAAUUGCAAAAAAUUAACCUUCUUGGACCUCAGGUUCAACUCAUUGAGUGGAAAUGUUCCACCUGAAAUAUUCAACCUGGAUCUUGAUGUCCUCUUCAUCAAUAACAACUACUUCACAGGAAAUCUUCCUUCCAAUCUUGGCUCCACACGAGCCCUUUAUCUCACUUUUGCCAACAACGAGUUCACCGGCCCCAUUCCAAGCAGCAUUGGCAGCGCAAAAUACCUGCUAGAAGUGCUUUUCCUGAACAACAAGUUCUCAGGUUGCUUGCCUUAUGAAAUCGGCUUCCUUAGAAAUGCCACCGUAUUCGACGUGAGUAAAAAUAUGUUGACCGGCCCCAUUCCGCGCUCGUUCGGAUGCUUGGCUAGUAUGCAGAACCUCAACUUCUCUUAUAACCAAUUUUACGGGCCUGUGCCCGAGAUGGUCUGCAAGCUGCCGAAGCUCGACAACUUAACUCUGUCAUAUAACUAUUUUACACAGAUUGGACGUGAAUGCAGGAAGUUGUUGAUGAAAAACAAACUUGAUAUUCGGAUGAACUGCAUUUUGGAUCUUCCAUUUCAGAGAUCACCUGAAGAAUGCCGUAAAUUCUUCUCCACGCGAAUGAGUUGUCCAAACGAGAAGUCACUGAAUAUUGUUCCUUGUAUGAAGAAUGGUUAUUCCAGUCACACUGAUACUGAGACGUUUUAUCAAAAAUCAACAGCAGAACUCGCACCUGCUCCACCAUCUCGCACUUAUGCAGCUCUUGUGCCGCCCCGCCUGUAAUUGUUAAGCCACCGGACCCCUGAAGAUGGACUUGUCCAAUCCAAGACGUUCAUGGUUAGGCUUCGUUAUUUGUGCGUAUACAUAUCUGUUUCCCCGAUCAUAUAUUAUGUAGAAUCAAUGUAACUAGCUAAUUUUUAAUCGAAUAAAUCAACUUGUUGUGAUUUCA